AUGUUAUCACAGAUUACUGAAAACAUUACCACUGAAAGAACCCUUGACCCAGCCAUUGGUGAAGAUGAAGUUGCAGUUGAUGACAUCACAAUUCCUGCUUCGCCCAGGGUUGACAUCAUCGCCCCUGUAGAAUCACAGACGCCACGUGUUUUGCACAAUAGUCUAGUACCUACAAUGCCAGUAGUGCAAGCCUCAGUGACUCCAUCCCUCUCUAACAGUGACCUAAACCCCCCAGACAUUCAGAGGGUUGUAGUAGAACACAUUGUACGCAGUAAUGAUUUAAUGGCUCAAAGCCACCUACCUGCCAGACUCCGGACCUACUCUGGUAGGACCCCUCGUCCAUCUAACGAAGUUGAUUAUGAUACCUGGCGUGCAAGUGUGGAGCUACUCUUACAAGACCCAGCUGUGUCUGACCUGCAAAGAGUACAAAAGAUAUGUGACAGCCUGUAUCCACCAGCUUCUGAUAUCAUUAAAUCAGUUAGUCCUGGAUCCCCUCCAGCAGAUUAUGUGAAAUUACUAGAUUCUGCUUUCUCCACUAUGGAGGAUGGCGAUGAGUUAUUCGCCACGUUCAUGGGCAUUUUCCAGAACACGGGUGAAAAGCCAUCAGCUUACCUACAGAGACUUCAAGUUGCACUGACCCUAACAGUGAAACGUGGUGGUGUGCCACCUACUGAUGUGAAUAGGCACCUCUUAAGGCAAUUCUGCAGAGGAUGCUGGGAUGAUGCACUGAUUGCAGAACUACAGCUAGAAAGGAAAAAGCAAGAGCCACCAUCAUUUACUGAGCUGUUGACACUUUUGCGCAUUAAAGAGAACAAAAACGACUCUAAAGCAUCACGGAUGAAACGGCAUUUAGGUGCUAUCAAACAGACUGCUGCGGUAAAAUCUCAAAUAUCCUACUCUUGUGAACAAGAUGAUGUUAUGCAGCUAAGCUCAGUCACUGCCCAGUUGACAAAGCAAGUCGCAGAACUACAAAGUCAACUCGCCACACUGACUGCAAAAAAGCAGACAUCUAAAGUUCAAAAGUCCACUGGUGUCAAACCACCGAAAGCAAGAAAUGAUGAAGACAAUGGCAAAAAUUCUAAAGCAGUAACUAUACCCAAAGCUACAAGCGAACAGCACACCAUCAAGCCUAGACCCUGGUAUUGUUUUAAAUGUGGUGAAGAUGGGCAUAUCGCAAAAUCAUGCAGUAAUGACCCGAAUCCCACAUUAGUGGCUGAUAAGAAGCGACAGUUACAAGAGAGACAAAGUGAAUGGGAGUCUGAGAAUUCCGAUAGCUCUUUAAACUAG